GCGAACCCUCCUGGUUCGACGUCCUUUCUCCACGGCAUUAAAGAUCCUCUUCCUGUUCCUUUGCUCCCGUGCACGAAACGCCAUUGCCAACCGCGAACUGGAAGCCACCUGCUACCUUCUCCUUCUACUGUUGUUCCCGAAGCAGAAGCACAAACAUGUCGCUUUCAAAACACAUCGAUCCGGAUGAGCUCAUCGCCUCGCUCCGCGAGAACCCGAUCAAGCACCGCCCUCUCGCCCACCACGGCGCCGACAGCUCCACCAGCCACAAUGUCUACGGCAGCCGGUACCACACCGACGUCGCGAUCCCCAAGUUCCGCAUGCCUGAGAAAGGCGGAAACACCCAGUCCAUCUACCAGAUCAUCAAGGACGAGCUGGAUCUCGACGGCAAGCCGAAUCUGAACUUGGCGUCGUUCGUGAAUACCUUCAUGGAUCCGUAUGCCGACAAGUUGAUGGCCGAGAACAUAUCCAAGAACCUCGCCGAUGCCGACGAGUACCCCAUCGUCCAGGCUAUCCAUUCGAGGUGCAUCUCGAUGCUCGGAAAUCUGUGGAAUGUGCCGAAGGGGGAGACGGCGAUCGGUACGGCGACUACGGGAAGCAGUGAAGCUAUUCAUCUGGGAGGUCUGGCCUUCAAGAGGCUGUGGCAGCAGAAGAGGAGAGCCGACGGAAAGAGCACUGAGAAGCCAAACAUCAUAAUGGGCGCGAAUGCGCAGGUCGCACUCGAGAAAUUCGCAAGGUACUUCGAAGUGGAAGCGCGCAUCCUCCCCGUGAGCGCCGGAUCGCACUACUGCCUCGACGCAAAGUUGGUCCGUGAGAACAUCGAUGAGAAUACCAUCGGCGUCUUCGUGAUCCUAGGCAGCACGUACACCGGCCACUACGAGCCUGUCGAGGAGAUUUCUAAGAUCCUCGAUGCAUACGAGCAGGAGACUGGCCAUGAAAUUCCGAUCCACAUUGACGGUGCUUCAGGAGCCAUGGUUGCCCCUUUCACAAACGCCGUCGACGGCCUCUGGGACUUCCGCCUCCCCCGCGUCCACUCUAUCUCCACCUCUGGUCACAAAUUCGGCCUCGUCUACCCUGGUCUCGGCUGGGCAAUCUGGCGCUCCGAUAAGUGGCUUCCCAAGGAGCUGAUCUUCGAGCUGCACUACCUCGGCGGCACGGAGCAAACCUUCACCCUCAACUUCUCGCGGCCAUCGGCGCAAGUGAUCGCCCAGUACUUCAACUUCCUCGCGCUCGGCAAAGAAGGUUACAGCAAUAUUAUGCAUAACGCGCUAUGUAAUGCUCGCCUAUUGUCGAAGGCUCUCGAGGCAAGCGAGUGGUACACGUGUGUUUCCGAUAUCCACCGCAAACGUGGGAACUGGGGCGGCGAGGCGCAGAGUAAGCUCGGUGUCAUCUCGAAUGACGAUGCGAAGUUGUACAAUCCCGGCCUGCCGGUGGUUGCUUUCCGUCUCAGCGAUGAGUUCCGUAAAGAGUAUCCGCAUGUCAAGCAGCAGUCCGUCAGCACGCUGCUGAGAGUCAAGGGUUAUAUCAUCCCCAACUACAAUCUUCCCCCCGCCGUCGAAGGCACCGAGAUCCUCCGCGUCGUCGUUCGCGAGAGCAUGAGCGUCGACCUGCUCGACAUGCUGAUCGCCGAUAUCCUGUCGACGACCGAGACGCUGAUGAGCUGUGACGCGGGCGACAUCGACGCCUUCGCGAGGCCGCAGGCGCCGCGCAUCGAGAAAUCCGUGCAGAGCCUUGGAAAGAACAGUUGGAUGGGCCGCAGCAUCGCUCUGCUCGAGAAGUAUGUGGAGCCGUGGGAGAGACAUAACGGGCCCGCGGGCAUGGAGGCGAAGAAGGAGCACGAGGAGCACCAGGGCGAGACGACUUCGAGUACUGCUGCCACUGCUGCUCCUGGUGCCGAGGAGAGGUUUGGAGGCCUCAUGAAGAAGUGGAGGUCGAAGGGCGUGUUUAGUGCUACCUGUUAGACCCGCAGCGUGUUAUCUAAAAGCCCAUGAAUGCAAUUGAGCUUGAUGUCAAGACGUGGACCGUGCGUGGACCGUGGGUUGAUCU